UUCUUCAACAUAACAAAGUCCCACGGUAACAAAAGCGCUGAGGCCAGGAUCGUUAAUUGCAAUGUGGGGAAUGCAGACCAGCUGGGGUGGGGGAUCGUGCUCAGUCACGGUAAAAGGCAAACGGGUAAAUUGUGAAUACGCUCUUAAUCUAACUACAGCUUCUUGAAUUGUGGGAGGCGUGUGUAACAUAACGUUGUUCCACAUACCAAUAUCACUACGUAUCGGUAUCGCAAAACAAAGUUUUAAAUGUUAAGAUUCUGUCAUUCUGAAAAUCUGAGUAUUUAAGACAUUAUGUUACAUAGCGAUUUGUGGAGAUAAAUGCCCUCGGACAGUAGCGUUCAUUUCAUAUUAAGUCUCUUUAAGUCAUUGUUUUAUGUUAUGCAGGAUGAAUGUGCGAAUUUUAAUUAAUCAUCCUUUAAGGGUUAUAUGCUUACGGUGUUGUAUACUAUUCUCGGUGAACAAGUUAACUUAUAAAAGUCUGUUCCUCUAAUUAUAGAAUAAUAUAUAGAAUAAUUAUACAAGAGCUAUAAUUAUUAUGAUGUUAUUAUUUAAUUGUGUGGGCCGUGUUGCUUGAUUACAUUUGACUCUUCGGCACGUGGGACGCUGCCGGUUUGAAAGACGCAGCUUCACUUGUUUUCUGCACCAAGAUGACGAGAAACAAACGAAUUGCAAAAGCUGUCAGCUGGAGCAACGAUCGAUACUGGGCAACUUGGGACAAGUGGAUGGAAGUGAUUGACUGGGAAGAUGAGGAAGAGCUGUGCUCCCCAGCAGAAUCACCCUCUGACCAGGCUGACCGUUCCAUCGUGUCACACACCCGAAAGCCAAUUGCCAAGGCAGUUAGCUGGACGGAUGAUGUGUAUUGGGCAGCCUGGGACAAGUGGGAUGAGAUCAUCUGCUGGGGUGAAGAAGGAGAGUGCUCCCCAGCAACACCACCCAUCAACCAGCCUGGGAGGGAUAAGGGGUUAGACAUGCAUGGGUUAGAGGUUUUUCUGUUAAAUGAAAGGACGGUCUCCAUAAAGCCUGCAGAUGACCACCAAGACAGGCUGAAAAUAGGAGCCGUAGUGGUCGACCUCUGCCAGUUUGAGCUAGAUGGUGUAAAUGAUAAAUUUGAAAUUGUCGAAAUACAAAUUGGAGAGGUCAAAUUGGAGGAGACUGCAGAGAGGGGUUUUAAUUCAGAAUUUGAAUUGGAAAUUAUGGAUGUGGAGAUAGAGGUUGUAGACAGUGAAUUCCAGCUGAAUGCUCUUAAUUGGGAAAUUGCUGGAACUAAAGUGGACAAAUUAUUAGUGGAACACCUGAACAUAAAUAAUCUAGAAGCAGGCAGUGUGAAGGUGUCCACAUCAAAUGGGAAUGUGGUAUAUGUCAAUGGUAUGUGAGUGUGUUUGGUAAUGAUGGGUGUGAAUGGUGUGUGUAAGUGGUGUGUGUGUGUGUGUGUAUGAGAAUGGUGAUUGAAUGGUGUGUGUGAGGUAAUGGCGUGUGAGUGAAUGGUGUGUGUGAGUGACAGGUGUGUGAAUGGUGUGUGUGAGGUAAUGGCAUGUGAGUGUGAGUGGUAAUGGCGUGUGUGAGUGAAUGGUGUGUGUGAGUAUAUGGUGUAUGUGAAUGGUCUAUGUGUGUGUGAAUGGUGUGUGAGUGACUGGUGUGUGUCUGGUGUUUAUGAAUGGUGUGUGUGAGUGAAUGCUGUGUGAAUGGUGUUUAUGAAUGGUGUGUGUGUGAGUGAAUGCUGUGUGAGUGACUGGUGUGUGAAUGGUGUUUAUGAAUGGUGUGUGAAUGAAUGGUGAGUUUUUGUGUGUGUGUUUUGUGUGUGUGUGUGAAUGAUCUGUGUGUGUGAGCCUGCCCUGUGAUGGGUUGGUGUCCCAUCCUGGGUUGUUCCCUGCCUCGUGCCUGUAGCCUCUGGGAUCCAUCUGACCGCCUGUUCCAAAAGGCAAAUUGAUCCCCACAUCCCUGAACAGGAGAAGCGGUUUUAGAAAAUGGAUAAAUGUUCCCAGAGGUGUGAGGCAACAGUGCUAACCACUGUAUCAUGCAUAUGUAUAGGAUAUGUAGAAGAAUACCUGUUGCAGUUAUCUGAUGUGUGUGUUUUUCACUCUCCCUGCCGGCCCCUGGAGGUUUGGGCUUCCCCUUUGAGUCUGGUGCCUCCCAAGGUUUCUUCCUUCUAGGGAGUUUUUCCUUGCCACUGUCGCCUAUGGCUUACUCACUGGGGGCUUUGGGUGGGGGUGCUCUAAAGCGCUUUGAGACAAUGUAAUGUUGUGAUAUCGUGCUAUACUUUGUUGUGUAAUUUUAUAUUUACUCAUGCAAAUAAAUAAUUGUUUGAUA